UUUAAUUCAAACAAAAUAUUAACUAUUGUCAAUCAGCGCCAAAAGGAAUUAACGGGACUCUAUAAUUUAUAUUUGCUUUUGCGAAUUGACAAAAAUACAUCUAUCUACUAAAAACAAUACAAUGGAUAAGUAUAAAAGUUUGUACAAAACUAAUACGCGAACAUCACCGCGACAAAGAAAUUUGUGCCUUCGUAAUCUACAAGAAAAUCGCCGUCAUCAACAGAGAACCGAACAAUACUUACAAGCCCGCAAUAUUGGAGUAAUUGAACAGAAUGAAGACGCUGGCAAAAGUGGAAAGAAAAGAACAGCGAAAGAGUAUGACGGGCAAAAGGAAAACAUUAGCAAUAACCAGAUUACUAAUAAUACUAAUAUUUCGUGCAACGCGAGCAAUCCUAAUGUGUGGAGAAGACAGAAUGAAUACCUGAAACGUUUUACUGAGUGGAAAAAAAGCAAAAAAUCAAGCCAGCAGAUGUCUACAACAUCAAAAGAAAAAAAACCUUUCAUGCCUGUAGGCUCUGCUUCAUUAUCCUUUGUGCCAAAAGAUCACAAGCAAUUUACAGCACCUGCGGGAUUAAAGAACCCGCUCAUUUAUAAGAAUACAACUACGCAUAGAACCCGAAAAUCAAUUUAUAAAGUAAACAGUCCACCUAAAAGAGCAAAGUUGCGUGAAGAAGAGAGAAUGAAAAUUCCAUUUUCUAUGCGUUAUAAGGCUGCUCAGUUAUCAUCUUCUCGCGCGAAACUUGCACGUGAUAAAAAGCAAGAAAGUAACCAAGGCCAAAUUCCACAUAAGACAACGUCUGCCGCCGCUUUUAAAGACUCGACGGAAAAACUGACAUUAAAUAAUUUAGUAUGCGCUUUCGAUAAUCCCGCCGUCCCAACAUUUCCCAGAGCUGUAAAAUAUCCAGCAAUUGCUAGUAAACUGCCGUCUAAAACCACCACAAUUAUAAAAACCCAACAGACACAAAUAGCAAAGCAACCCUUAUCGAAAACAAGACCAAUAAUCGAACGAAUAACUUCGAAGGUUGGCGCAAACACUGGGGCCAUAAAAAAAGGAAGAACAAUUCAAAUGAAACGUGAAACGGAUAAGCUAAAGGAAUCAUGUAAAAAUACUAAAUUAGGAACGAACAUGAAGAACAAGCAAGUGAAUGCUAUUAAAACGAGAAGUAUGAAGAAUUCUAUAGCUUUGAAAAACUUACUCUUGAAAGAAGAUAUUAGUGAAAUAGUACAGACUCCCAUAGAUUUCAACAGCGUUAAUUCGUACAUGGAAGUUGUUACUUCCACGCAAAUUAAAAAGCCGCCUGCAAUUGAAUCGACCCAUGCAAGUGUGCAACCUUGUUUAAAUAUUUCUGAGCAAUCUUUGCAGUCACCCCAUAAGGAAGUUGUAGAAAAACCCAGGGUAUUCAAUUUUAUGCGUUAUUCCUUAGUUGAUAAUAGUGUGUGCGAUCAAGAGGAGGUACAAGAGAACGAAAUUAUUAAGGAUGUCGUUACUCCUCAAUUAAACAACGAGGAGCAAAUCGCAAGCGAAUCUAAUGAUGCGAAAACUCCAGAAAAAAACGAGGUUAAUCAAACCGCUACCAACUAUGUAAGCCCUUUUGUAACUUUAUCGCGCGGAAAAGUUAGUCGUAGGGAAGAGGCAAACAAACGUAAUUCGAUAUACUUGCAAUUUGAAAACGAGGGGUCCCUUCAUAAUUCUACGCUUAAAGCUAACUUUGCGGAGAUAAUGAAGGAAGAUGUCGCUGUACGCCGCACCUUAGAGUCAGUACGUUAUUUUCGCCAGCAAUUACAAGAUGAAAUCGACCGUUUACAUUGUUUGUGCGACACUUGGGAAUCUUACAAACAGGAAAACAUGGAAAAAUUGCAAGAAAUGAAUGGCGACGAUAUGAUUAAUGUAGCCAUUGGGCAAACAAAAUUGUUAACUAGCAAGAAGUUUAUGCAAUUUCGAGAGCUUAUUGAUAGAUGUGAAGCCCGUGCCACGGGGAUAGGUAUUGUACCGGAUGAUGGCAGUGAAAAUACAAAACGUAUAAAUGAUGCAGACUUGGAAGGAUUCUGGUCAAUGCUUAAAUUGCAAAUAGAGAAUUUGGAUAAACGUUUUGACAACCUUACUCGCUGGAAAGUUAACGACUGGAAUGACCCUGGCGAAUUGGUGAUAACAGAGAAGAAGUCAAAACCCAAGAUGAUAAAAGUUCAGAAAAAUAAAGUUCCGAUAAGUAAACCUAGCUCGCUGAUUAGCAUGGUACGUAAAAUGCAAGCAGAAGCGCGCCGAAAUAAAGCCAAACAAUUGAAAGAGGAAAGCCAAGAAGCUGGUGGCAAUUUGACACCUGUCAUAAGCUCGCUUCGUCGGCCGAGCAUUUGCAGAAAUUUAACACCAAGACAAGGUUCUGGAGAACGUACACCUAAUCAUAUUUCGGUUACAGUGAAAAAUCGCAAAUCCUUUUCAAAGGCAGCUACGGUUUUACUCCUCCCCGCUGGCAAGAAACGAUCUUCACUGGUUCCCGAAGAAGCAUCGCCAAAUCAGUUAAUUUCGCCAUCUCUUAAACAAUUCAAUAAAAACCUUAACUCUUUUCAAAAUUUCAUCGAAGCACGUAAAAGCGACUUAAUAUGUAGAAAAAACUUGUAUGAAACGCCACCUGUAAUAAAUGAUGGCAGACGUAAAACUAUGGUGGAUUCGGCUUUGGAGACACCAAGAGCCGAGUGUAAAUCAAUUUUGAAAACUCCUGGAACUGCCAAAAGUAAAUUGAAGAAUGUAAUGUUUAACGAGAAAUUGCGUGUAAAAAAAUUCAAUUUUCUUAUCAAUGACAAUGAAAAUGGACAAAUAAGUGAGGAAGAAGCUACUAAUGGAAGUCACGAAGAGGAUUUAGCGACUUUUAGAGAGAAUUUAGGCGAAGAUGAACGCACCUACACUUUACGUAGCCGUAAAAUACAGUUGCGACCUUCUAACGAGAUUGUAAUACCAGGGAAAUGAAGCUUUAUUCUAUAGUAU